GUCACAACCAUACACUAUACAAUAAAAAUCACUUUCAAUCAUUUCAAAUUAUAGAAAAAAAAAAUUCAAAACUUCAUUAUAGUUUAAUUUGGCCAAUUAAUAUGGCUGAAGAAUUUCAAGGAGGAGUAUCAUUUGGUGAAACAUGGUGGAAUUUAUCAAAAAAUCUCUUCGGCCUUCCUUUGCCGUGUUCUUCCGGAGCCAACGACGUGGCGGACUUUGAUUGGCCGAGCCAGGCCAUGAAAGCUUCGGAGGAUAAUUGCUCGAUCGCCUUACCACCACCAGAUUCAAGCAUGAGUACUUUCGGUGGGAAUUAUCCUCUCCAGCUGCAACCACUGAACUCCAUAUCAACCUCCAAUGAUUUUCCAUUAAAUAAUAUCUCACCUUCAUACAACAGCUACACCGAAUCUUUGUUGCAAACUCUUUUCGACACGGAUAAUUUCGACCCGGCCCAAUUACCCUCGCUCGAUCAUAAUCAGCAAACUAUGAAUAACUUCCCAAGUUACGAUCAAAUGAAUGUUAAUUCUCACGAUUUAAACGUGCCGAGUUUCUCAUCAACAAGAGUUCCAAACACCCAUGUUAAGCGGGUAAACGAAGACCCGGGAGACUCGGGUUCGGUGGCUACAAAGAAAGGAAACGACGAGGGUGGUGUGAAACGUGCAAGAAUCGUGACCCCAUCGCCAUUGCCGACGUUUAAGGUUCGAAAAGAAAAAUUGGGGGAUCGAGUAACUGCUCUCCAGCAGUUGGUUUCGCCUUUUGGAAAGACUGAUACUGCAUCAGUUCUUCAUGAAGCUAUUGAAUACAUCAAGUUUCUCCAUGAUCAAGUCAGUGUAUUAAGUACACCGUAUCUGAAAAAUGGAUCUCAUCUGCAUCAACAUCGACAGGUUCCUAAUAAAGUUAAUGAUCAAGAAGAAAGGCCAAUACGAGACCUUAAAGCCCGAGGCUUAUGCCUUGUGCCAAUAUCAAGCACUUUUCCAGUUACUGCAGAGACUUCCACGGACUUCUGGUCCCCAAUUUUUGGAGACUGUUUCAAAUAGAUUAGAGAUAUCAAAUAAUAACCAAAAAAGAAAAAAAAAAAANAUAAGAGUACAGUGAUCAAAUAAUAGGAAAAAAGAGUAAAGUUACAAUGGAAAUGAAGAGGAGAGAAAAGACAAAAGGAAAAGCAGUGGCUGUCCAAAAGCAAAGAUAGCCCCAUUAUUCCUGGGCCAUAUAUUUAUUUAAGCUAGCAUAUUUAUGUAAUCUCUCGUCCGAGGCAAUGUUUUAAUCCAUUGUUUGCCUGGGAAGACGGGAUUAUUAAGGAUAGCGUGAAGUUGUAAUAAAGUUUUUUUAUGACUAUGUUCGAAUUAUAAAUAUAUUUUAUUUCAUUAAAUUAAAUAUA